GUGCCCAAUGCCCGGUCCGAAAGGAAAAAUAUUUGGUGGUCCAAGUUUUCGGCCUUUAGUAAAAGUCGUUUCGUGAAAAGAAAAAACAAAGUCUGCCUGGGUCCCACUUUUCACUAAAAAAUUAAAAAAAAAAACGUAAGACUAAACCAACACUGUGGUCUUGCCUGGCUUUCCCACCAUAAUAAAGCAAGAUCUCUCCCUCUGUCUUGCUUGAAUUGAAUGACACGUUCGUAGGCUGAAAUUUUUCCUCUGCUUUCUCGGCAUAAAAUCUGGUGAUUUUAUAUUAUUUUUCCCUGAAAGCUUCGAUAUUCAGCUGUUUUUGCUCAACUAGUGAAAAUGUUUCUUCGGAGAAGGCAUACACAGAAGGAUGAUUCCGAGCAACGAGAUGAAAAGGUCAGUGAACUCAGGGCUGCCAUAGGACCCCUGUCUGGGCGCAGUUCAAAGUACUGCACAAAUGCAUGUCUGAGGAGAUAUUUGGAAGCUCGGAAUUGGAAUGUUGACAAGGCAAAGAAAAUGUUGGAAGAGACAUUAAAGUGGAGAUCAACUUAUAAGCCUGAAGAAAUCCGCUGGCACGAAGUGGCGCAUGAAGGUGAGACUGGAAAAGUUUCCAGGGCAAGUUUUCAUGACCGUCAAGGAAGGACUGUUCUAAUAAUGAGGCCUGGAAUGCAGAACACAACAUCAGCUGAAAAUAAUAUCCGCCAUAUGGUCUAUCUCUUAGAAAAUGCUAUCAUGAAUCUCUCUGAGGGCCAGGAACAAAUGUCGUGGUUGAUAGACUUCACUGGAUUUUCAUUGAACACCAAUAUUUCUGUCCGAACAGCCCGCGAUAUCAUUUACAUUCUACAGAGCCACUAUCCAGAGAGGCUGGCAAUUGCUUUCUUGUAUAAUCCACCAAGGAUUUUUGAAGCAUUCUAUAAGGCGGUCAGGUAUUUUCUGGAUCCAAAAACAUCUCAGAAGGUGAAGUUUGUUUACCCUAAAAAUAAAGAUAGUGUGGAGCUCAUGAAAUCAUACUUUGAUGUUGAGAACCUCCCCAGUGAAUUUGGGGGAAACGCGACGCUGAAGUAUGAUCAUGAGGAGUUCUCGCGAUUGAUGGCUCAGGAUGAUGUAAAAACUGCUAAAUUCUGGGGAAUUGUUGAGAAGCCCUACCACAUUGCCAAUGGCCAUUCCGCAAUUGAAGUGGCACCAGAGCCAACGCCCAUUGCACAGGGAGCAAACUGAGAGCUUGCCUAUUGUCCUGAAUGGUCUGUCAGAAAUCAAGUGAUUCAAUCCACAGAUUUAUCAUCAAAUUUAAAUCAACUAAUGGGAGCUGCAGAUCAACAUCCACUACCUUGCUUAGGUGAUGAAUAAACUUCAUUUCUUGUUCUCACUGCUAACCAUUAAGAACAAAAAGAAAAAAAACCAUGUUUUGUACUUCAAUGCUACUUUAGUUUUUCUUUUCUUUAAGAUUGUCUUUAGAGGAUAGGGCUAUAUUGUGCGUGUAACAUAAAUAUAUAUAUCAUGAGUAAAGUUCAUGUCCUCGUUUGGCUAA